UAUAAUUGAUUCGUGAAAUAAUGGAGAAACUGGAGAAGCCGCAAAUAAUUUGCCAUAUAGAGAAAUCCGUGAAUUACUCAUUAUUCGAUACGAAAUGGAUUCCGUGCAGCGCGAAAUUCGUGGUUAUGGGCUCGCGACCGCGCGGUAGCGGGAUAAUACAAAUUUACGAGGUGUCCAGCGGUGAACUGAAACUUGUUAAAGAUAUCGAGAGAUCACAGCCGAUAAAAUGUGGAACUUUCAAAGCGUCCAGCUUGAAAGACAGAUAUUUAGCGACUGGCGAUUUCCAGGGCAGAUUGAACGUCUAUAAUCUUGAAGAUCCUUCAAUACCAAUUUAUACAGCCAAUGCUCACAGUGAGAUCAUAAAUUGUAUUGACGGUGUGGCUGGGCAAAGCAUUGGAUGUGGAGCACCUGAAUUGGUGACAGGUUCCAGAGAUGGAAGCGUCAAAGUUUGGGAUCCUAGGCAAAAAGGCAAACCAGUUGCUGUGAUGGAACCUAAAGAAGGUGAAACCCGCAGAGAUUGCUGGACAGUCACAUUCGGUAAUUCAUACAAUUCUGAAGAAAGAAUCGUGGCCGCUGGUUAUGAUAACGGGGACGUGAAGAUGUUCGAUUUGAAAGCAAUGUCUGUUCUAUGGGAAAGCAAUUUAAAGAAUGGCGUUUGCAGCGUGGAGUUUGACAGAAAGGACAUUCCUAUGAAUAAGCUAGUGGCUACUACUUUAGAGUCAAAGUUUUACUUGUUUGAUUUAAAGACACAGCAUCCUAAGAAAGGAUUUGCUUACUUGACCGAGAAAGCACAUGAUUCAACGAUAUGGUUGGUCAGACAUUUACCGCAAAAUCGUGAAAUAUUUAUGACUUGCGGCGGAGGAGGAAGUCUCUGUCUUUGGAAAUAUAAUUAUCCGGAGAAACGGAAAAUGCCAGAUACGGAUGGUGUCGAUCAAGGAGUCAUAGGUGACUUGACUCUUUUACAAAACAGUACACUUUCAUCACAGCCAGUCAGCUCCCUGGAUUGGAGUCCCGAUAAACAAGGCCUGGCUGUCUGCACCGCAUUUGAUCAAUGUUUAAGGGUGAUCAUCACUACGAAACUUAAUACUUAUUAAAGUGAACCAUCCUUUUUAAGUUCCGCAUAUAUGUAAAUAACUAUUGAUUUUCUUAAUUUGUAUAAAUAAAUAAUAAUCGAUAAAAAGCG